AUUACGUUGUGUUGAUGGUGUACAUCAUUCGAAACCACCUUGUGAGAGCUGUAUAAAGAAAACGCGAAGAAAAGGCUGGACUCAUCUGUUUCACUGCUUGGAGUGCAAAUGGACUGAACAGUACUGGAAAAGUGAGACAUUUGAGUAAUCAGUGAUGAAAAGAACAGGCAAAAUGGAGGGUCAAAGGAGAGCCUUCUCGAGUACAGCAAGCAAUCAGAAAGCAUCCAAGACUGAAUCAGAGCGAGAUUCAGGUUUCUCAGAUGCCAGCUCUGGAUAUUUCAGUGCUGUGGAGCAAACUGAGUCAGUGGAUGUGGGAGGGGUUAAAUCAGCAAUACAAGACCCACAGACAUGUUCCCAGGUAGCUGUUAUGUCCGGGUCUUACCCAGGACUAUCCCCCAUGAUAAUAAUGAACAACAUUGUCGUUAAGCAGCCCAGUGCUCUGGCUCCUGCACUAAAACCUUGGGGCUUCACCUCCUCUCUGGAAAUGGUUCCUCAGUCCCCACUGGUCCUUUUCCAGCCAGUGGUGUCUAGUGGCAAAUGCACUUCCAAGAGUGCAUCUGGAAAACACCAGCGAUCCAAAAGGUACAGUCCGAUUCUAAAAUCCUUUCCAAAAAUAGCCCCUUAUCCUAACCAAGAAUGCGGAGACCUUGGGCUCAACGCCAAGGAGAAGAAUAGUUCAUAUGCCAGUCAUAAAGGUCGUCACCAACGAUGUUAUCAUGAAGAUAAACCAUCUGACUAUCAGUCCGUGAGUCAGGGUCUCACUGAGACUACCAGCAGUGAUCUAUCUACUGACCCCCAGAUUGCUGCUUGGGAGAAUCUCUACGACAGUAUCUCAGACAUUGAGUCAGAAAACAGUCAGACAAAGCCCGCUGAUGUUCUAGAGCUUUCAGCGCCCCGUUCCACAAGCAUCACCCUCCCUCUUGACAGUCAUUCCAGCUCCUCUUUGCGCCCUGAGGACUCUCCUGAGAAAAAAGAUGACAAAGAUGAUGAUGUGGAGAACUGUCCAGAAGCUCUCUCGCCAAGCUGCAGCAAACGCAAGCGUUUCUGUAACACAUACAAUAUAUUAAAUCGAUCAGGUCUCCUUGGCAUCACUCUGCGCACUAAGGAACUUAUUCGGCAAAACAAACGCUCACAGGCCCAGAUCCAGGAGCUCCAGGCUCAGACUGAACUCUUCUUGGAGGCCAUGAACAGCGGAGAUCCCCAGAUAUGGGCCAGGCUCCAGCUUACUCUUCAAACGCCCACUUCUAAGGAGGCAGAGGGGCACACAAGGGAAAAUUCAGCCACAGGGGUUGAUAAACUGGUGUAGCAAUGAAGCCCAAAAGGUGUCCUCAUCCCAUUGUUUUGCCAGCUGCUUUGUUGAAGCAUUUAUCUGUAGAGACCUCCCAAAAGUUUAUGGGGGAAAUUUCUUGCCGUUACUAGGCCCCAGUCACAAAAUGUGUUGGUAGACAAAAAGGGAAAUUGUGAAGAAUUGGAGGUAGACAUUAAUUUCAUGAAAGAAAAGAGAAGACAUACUUUUCUCUCACUUUGGAAAAAACGGA